AUGAUACGAGGUAAUUGGAGUCUCUCAGCCGAGCUCAAGAAAAAUGAACGAAAACAACAGCAGAAGGUACAGAAUAGACAGAAACAGCAACACAAGAAGGUUAAACUCGCAUCCAUAGAUCCUAUACGGUUAUAUUAUCAGAUCCAGAGACUUGAAAAGUCAGGUGAACUUUCAGACAGAGACCAGAAGUACUUAUACGGACUCAAAGAGGACUGGGAUUUCAUUGUCAAGAACAAUCUCCAUCAGACAAAAUUGAAGCCGUUUCUCGAACAGGAACAAAAGAAAGAAAAGGUAAAGCAAUUGGAAAAGACGAAGCUCCAUGGUCUGAAGUCUAUCUACUUCAACCCAGAAUUAAAUCCACUAGGCAAGAUUCCCAAUCCGGAUGCUUUGCCAAACAAACCUAUUCAUCCGUUGCCGAACUUUACCAAGCCAUUGAAGAAGGAGGACUUAGAAAAAUACGCUGUAGACCCACUAAUCAACCAAUUGGGUAUUGUGGUACCAGAGGGAGACCCACCUCGAUUCUACAAGUUGGUACAGAAUACACAGAAAAAAAAU